GAGAAAGAGGCAGAGCAAGGCAAAAGAAGUUAUCUAAGCUCAGAGCUCCCACAAAUCACUUUGUCACCAGCAAGCUCUGACAAGCAGGAGGAGAGAGAAAGAGUACGAGCAGAGACUCCGAGUUAAACAGAGGUGCGAAUAGGGAGUCUUGUCGGUGGAGCCUCGAAGGAAGAAGGUGUGAAGAAACUGUAGAGGAAAAUAACGAGGUGAUACUGCUGGAUGGACAGAGGGAAGGUAGAAGAGAGACGAGACUAAAAUCCAGUUCCCAAAACAGCAUAAGUUAAGAGGGACGGCUACUGCUGUUGCUACUGCCGCUGUGUCUGGAUGGUACAUCACCAUUUAAAGAAGGUGUGUCAAACUUAAAAUCUGUUACCGGAGGACACUGUUUCAUUGAGACUGACAUUUUAAUCUUCUGAUAGCAAACGCGCUUGAGACAUUUAAUCUCACAAGUGGAACCCAGAGAGCAUACACUAUCGUAUUAUCAUGUUUGAGAGAGAAGAGAGGGAUAGAGAGACAGCUGCUCUGUCUGUGAAGUAGGCAUGAGACAGAGGCGUUGAAAGCAAUUUCUGGUGUAGUGCAGCUGUACACAGAUCACAUGUUGUUACUAGUAAAAAGAGGUAGUUAGAGCCAAGAGCAGUACAUGUUUGUGAAAUGUUUUUCUAUAGGGGCAUGCGCAGGUUUGUGACUGGUAUUGAAUAAGUUGAUGAAAGUAACUUCUUUGAGAACAAUUUCUUUCUUUUAACCAUUGAUAUUUGAUUAGCUCCGGACUGACUAAAAGCGCCUGAGAGUUUUAUCUGGACUGUAAAGGCUGAGGUCAUCUCACCAAACCUAAAAAAAAUAGGAAGAUCAUUUUCAAACUUUUUAAGCAGAGACUAUUAUUAAUACUUUCUCUUUAUUACAGAACAUUACAGGGGAAAUAUUUGUCAUUAGCACUAAUAAGAAAUUGUGCCGAUUUAAACGUCUUAGUCUUAGAGAACAAGUAACUUAGGCUCUGUAAACACCUGUCUUCAUUUUGCUGAGUGCCAUACUACUCUUUUCACAUUCACUUAGGUUGCCUCUGUAAGAAAGACUGUGGUGACAUGUGGAGGAUGAUAUGCUAGCUCUAAAAUAGACAGGAUUCAGUUUAUAUAAUAACAUAAUAUAAUCUUGCAUUUGGAGGUUUGAAAACAUAUCAAUCAAACAUUGGUCUGUGAGCACAGAAACAAAUCUGCUGAAUCCUUGAUGGGUAGUAGUUUGUUUUGGACCUAGAGGUGUUGUAGAAACUUACAAAAGGGCACUGACUGUGUGCAGGGGCUCUUUUAGCAUUUGACAGCUCUGUUCUGGACUUGCUUCAUCCUGUGGGACGUAACUGGGUUACCUGUUUGGCUGAGUCAGAGGCUGGGUCAUCACUGGAUGUCUGUCUGCUCACUGGGAUUCUUUCCACCUGUUUCUAUGCAAAUAAGACAGAUGUGUUAGGUACUUUUUACAGCAGCAGUGACAGCCGUGGUGGUGAAUUUUCAGGACUCUCCACACUGCUGUAAUUGUUUUGUCGUGUGUAAACACUUUGCGUCAGUGACACCUCUCCACUGAGUGAUUCACUGUUCCCAAAGGAUCCCCGGUUGGACGAAGGCAUUGAAAGGGAAGUUGGAGGAGCUUUUACUAAGAACCAAAGAACACAAGUAGCUACACAGACAGGCUGUCAACAUGAAAUUGUGGUUCUUGAUAUUGAUGGUCGUGUACAUGGUGGGCAGUGUACACAAUCUGUCUACAUGUAACACUGUGGACUUGGAGAUGGUGAAGAAAAAACGCAUUGAGGCCAUUAGGAGCCAGAUCCUCACCAAACUGCGUUUGCAAAAGGCGCCAGAAGAGGCUGGGGAGAAGGAAGAGAUCCCUGCCAACUUGCUAUCACUCUACAACAGCACCAGUGAGAUUCUGAAGGAGCAGCAGGUUCUGGAACAGGAAAACAUCCCCACAGAACAAAAGGAGGAGGAAUACUUUUCCAAGGUGGUUAACAGGUUCAUCAUGAAAGAAAAAAACGACACCAACUACAAGCCCACGGUCAUCUCAAUGAGCUUCAACAUCGCUGAGAUACGGAGUAACAUCGGGGGCAAUCUGCUACUCACCAGAGCAGAGCUACGGAUGCUCAUCAAGGAGCCCAUGAUUUUGUCUGAGGAGAGAGUGGAGCUAUACUAUAGCCAGGGGACCUCGACUCGUUACCAUGCGUCUCGCUUUGUCACAAACUCGCUGAAGGACAAAUGGCUGUCCUUUGAUGUCACUGAACCUCUGCGGAUCUGGCUCCAAGGGAAUGAGAAUGAACAGAAGUUUGAACUUCGGCGGUACUGUGAAUGCGGCAGUGACGAUGGUACUUUAAGUUUUAGCAUCUCUGGGACUAUGAGCAGGAGGGGAGACACUAAAGAAUUACAGAAGCUGAACCAGCAGCUACCCUACAUCUUUACCAUGUCCAUCCCUAAAACCAACCACUCUCAGAGUUUACGCACGAAACGUUCCACUGACACGACGGACAGCUGCAGCACCCAGUCACACAACUGCUGUUUGAAGAAACUGUACAUUGACUUCAGGAAAGAUCUAGGAUGGAAGUGGAUCCAUAAGCCAACGGGUUACUAUGCCAACUACUGCAUGGGGUCCUGCACCUAUAUCUGGGAUGCCGAAAACAAAUAUUCUCAGAUUCUGGCACUGUACAAACAUCAUAACCCAGGAGCUUCUGCCCAGCCCUGCUGUGCGCCACAGACACUAGAGCCACUGCCAAUCAUCUACUAUGUGGGGAGGCAACACAAGGUGGAGCAGCUGUCCAAUAUGAUCGUGAAGUCCUGCAAGUGUAGCUAAAAAUAUAGUAUGGCUCUGCCUCCUCCUCUCAAAACACAGAGGGAAAGAAGAUGUUGUGUUGGAGACUACAGAUAAGAGCAAGUGACAGAGAAUUUGAGAUAAUGUGGACAUGGGGAACAAAAUAUUUUAAAGCUUUUCUCCCACAAUCCUUCAGUUGUCACAUUUGAUGCACAUUAAGCCAUGGACCUCUUUUUUUCUUUCUUCUACAUAUUAACGAUUAUAGUUUUUAUACGUACAUUUACCUUGCAGUAGUAAAAUUGUCUGUCUUGAAAUGAAUUAAUUUAUUUGUUGCACUGACAGGUGUCUAAAGAAUAAUAAUGUACAUAAAAGAAGUGUGUGAGACAAUAAAAUUUGGACAAAAAAGCACGAGGACAAUAAUGAACGUUCAUGGAAGAAUAACGAUAUUCAGGGAUGAAAACGUGGGACAUUUCAGAUGGCCACAUCAUCGUCCAAAACAGGUCCUGGUGAGAGGUGCUAAAUUACAGAUGGAAAACCAGGGAUGUUGGGGUUUUCCUCAAAGAUAAGGCUGUAGGUGUUUUUUGCAUGGCUACAUCAUAAAGGACAGAAAAAGACACAGAGAGAGUCCAACCUGGGGAAAAUCCCUUUUGACUGAAAGGCUGGACUUUCAUUUUACAAGAACCGUCCAUUAGUUUUAUUUUCUUUUUUCAACCCACGUGACUUCUAAUAUGCAUUUUAUCAGUAUGUUUCUGUUCAUAAUGUUCAUAACUGAAUGUCAGAUUGUCCUUUAGCCCCACUGGUUUUUCAGCCAGAGGCACUAUCAGCUGUGUAAGAGUGAUGACAUCAUGUUUUUAAUCCCUCUGGGGACUUACCGCCGUACGUGUUCUCUAUUAAUGGACACAUGGUGGUAGUGCUGAUAUGAGUAAGGCUAUUAAUACUUAUUGUUUUAUUUUAUUUUGUUUUAAAAUCAUGGUAAAUUAUUUUAAUUUCAGGACGUUUCACAAGGAAGUUUUUUCUUUCGAACUCAAGAACUGGUCUGGCUUCUAUGACACGCAUUAGGAAUAAAACCAACACAUUAUUUCAGCUUUCUAUGUUUUGCUGGUGCACCUACUUUUGAAAUGUCUAUUUGUAAAUAUUCAAAAAAAAAAAAGAAGAAAUAAACAUGUUAAAUUAU